GAAACUGGAACACCAGACAGAGAAAAGCUACAGAAGCAGCUGAGUAAUAGAAGAGUUCAACCUAAACAAUCUGAGGAAGAGAAAUAUUCAUUUGUUUUCAUGUAUUUCCACAGACCCAACGCUCUAGUGGGUGACGCUAAUGCACCUUGAACUUUAGAUGUCAGCCGCCAUUAAAGAAGAAGAAGAAGAAGAUGCUUCGCUCAGUGUCCAGUUUACGUUUAAGUCUUAAUGUGAAGGUGAAACUAGUCUCCGCUGGUUUCCGGUUCACCUCUGACCUCCUGCACCUUCACCCGCCACAACUCAGCCAAGAGGCUGGUCUGUCCCAGCAGGAGGCGCUGGAGGUGCUGCAGGCUGUGAGGAGUGGAGGCGGGGGGUGCUCGAUCUCUCUCACUGCUCUGGAGCUCCUGCAGAAGGAGGCGGAGAUGAGGAGCAUCGUGACCUUCUCCUCUCGACUGGACGCUGCACUCAGCGGCGGAAUUCCUGUCGGCAAAACAACAGAAAUCUGUGGAACGCCGGGAGUCGGAAAAACACAACUGUGUAUGCAGCUGGCGGUGGACGUCCAGGUGCCUCAGUGUUUCGGGGGGGUCGGAGGUCAGGUGGUCUACAUCGACACAGAGGGCAGCUUCCUGCUGCAGAGAGUAACCGACCUGGCCUCCGCUGCCGUCAGACACUGCUCCUUAUUGGUCGAAGAUGACGAGCAGCGUGUCGCCAUGACAACUUUCGCCGUGGAGGAUAUCCUGUCCAACAUCUUCCUGGUGCAUUGUCAUGACUACGUGGAGCUGCUGGCGGAGCUUCACCUGCUGCCUGACUUCCUGUCAGAUCAUCCGAGGGUCCGCCUCCUGGUAAUUGACAGUGUGGCCUUUCCCUUUAGACGGUUUGACGACCUGUCACAGAGGACACGCCUUCUUUACGGCCUCGCCCAGCAGCUUACUGCCAUGGCAACCAGAAACACUGUUGCCGUUGUGAUCACCAAUCAGAUGACCACACGGCUGCGGGGCAGCCAAUCACAGCUGGUCCCUGCCCUAGGGGAUAGCUGGGGCCACGCCUCCAACAUCAGACUCCUCCUAGAGUGGUCAGGGUCACAACGCCUGGCAACCGUUGUUAAAUCUCCGAGUCACGCGGACGCCACCGUCCAAUACCAGAUCACCACUGACGGCUUCAGAGACAGUGACCAAUCGGCCGGCUGAGGAUGAAGGAGACAUGUUCACGUGUUUCACUGUAAAUAAAAUCUGUAAAUAUGUUCAAACUGAUUCAAAUGUAAAGUCGAUCAUAUAAGUUUGUCUAAAUGAAAACGUCUUAAUGUUUAAAGUCACGUGUGCCUGACGCAGGUCGACGUUUGUGACUGAACAUUAAAACAUCAGUUGAACUGUGAGAUCAAGACUCAGGUUCUCGCUCAGCAACAGGAUCCAGUCGUGUUCUUCAUUAACGUUCUGUGAUAAAUGUGGAACCUUGUUCUCACCGAGCGAGUGACACUGGACAUGACAGUGAGGGAGAGUUCACCCACAUCCACAGACAACUGACCUGGUUCACAUCACAGACACAACGAGCGACAACGUCACUGAGGAGAGCUGAUUGUUCCUGUAGCUCGAGUGAAGCAGCCGAACGUCAGACAGAAACACAUCUGGAUCAUCAGGUGCUGGACUUCAUUUGUUUCAACCUAAAAAUAAAGAAGACGUGUUUCUGUGACGGUUAAUCACAAGUGAUUAUUGUGUCUCUGACUGAGAAGAUGACGACAUGUCUGAUUGCUCCCCCAACCAGGUUAGCUUCGUGUUGCCAUAGCAACUGACUCUCACUUUCACUAAACCUGUAACGGACCCAGCUGCUGCAGUGCCACAAACUAACUCCAUCUCCCAUCAUGCAUUCCUGCACGCCAGAGUUUCAUAU